AUGAUCGACCAAGUUGGCCUAUACCCGGAGCUGGCAGAGUGCAUAUCGACUCACCUCACCCACAUUGACCUUCGCCACUGCGUCAGAGUCUCCAAGAACUGGCACUCCGUCUUUAUUCGCCAUCUCUGGGAAACAUUCUCGGACCACACAUCCGGCAACUGGUUCACACUCCUCGAACAAGCUGUCAAAGAAACGUCAACGGGCAGCCAGGACAUUGAGUGGUUCAAGAACGUCUACAGACAACACGCAGGAUACAUCCGCCACCUCGAGAUCUGCCAUCCGCUCAUCCUCCACGUCUGCUUCGCCAACGCCUUUCAACUACCGCCGAUCCCCAGUGCUUCCUUCCUUCGCUCUGUUGAUCCGGCUCCUCCUUCGUUGAUCACCCGGCUUAAGUCGCUUACCAUCAAACUCCACUCCUUCAACAUGGACGAGUAUCUCAUGAGCCGACCACUGGAUUUCUGCGUCACCGAAAUUCAGGAACAACCAGUCUCUGCCGAGGCACUACUGACAGAGACAUGUUGGCGACUGGCAUUGUGCAACCCCCGACUCGAGUCUUUUGACUGCACAAAGUUCCGAAGUCUCCAGUUACGCAUCUCACAACAUCCAACAGCACUGCCAUCAGUCACCACUCUGACCAUGGAACUACCUCACGGACGUGUCCCACGGAUACCCUCAAACGUCACCACACUAAACUCGUCCCUGUCGCGGAAAGAGUCGUUCGACCCAAAGGAUCCACCCGGUGUGGUUAACCACACGCUGAAAGAACUUUAUGUCAAGGAUGAGGUCCGCACCGUUGCGCACAUCAAGUCGCUGCUGACUCAACUACCUGCACUUCGGUACCUCCGUUUGAGACGCGUUCACCUCAAGGAAGACGACGAGGCACCAUUAGUACAGGAGGGAGAUACAUGGACAUCGGAUCUAAGGGUGCUGCUCUGUGGGCUAUACGAGAGGAAAAGUCCGGAGCUGGUCAAGAUCUUUCCUUGGAUGCCGAAUCUGGUCGAGUUCCAUCAUAGCUAUGUCUCUUCGCCCUUUACAGCUGCGCUUGCCUUGCAUUGCCCUCUGCUGGAGGUCGUUCGAGUGACGUACAAGGGAUGCCGAUACACACCGCGCAACAUCUUCGACUCUGUCCACGACCGGGUCUCUAUUCUCCUCACGUCAUGCACACGGCUCCGGGUUCUAGAUCUCCAGUACGAGACGAUCGAUGCGCGUAAUAUUGCAAACAAGCCGUGGGUCUGCCUUGAUCUGGAGAUGUUUCGGUGUGGCUUCGUUGGACUUCCCUACGUGCACAAACGCAACGAACAAGAGGUCAGAAACAUUCAAGAACGCGACGAGGAGGCCAGGAGAAAGGGAUUGCCAGAACCGGAAAAGACACCAGUGGAAGUUGGACUGCUGGACGCAGCAGAGGAGGCACAGUCGAUGCGAAGGAGCGUACUACAGCAGAUCUCGGUGUUGACUUCACUGACGCACUUGACUCUGAGCAGGGAUCUCAAGAUUGGGCGGGGACUCUUUUCAAGGCGCAAGACGUCGCUUGCAGUUUACCGAUCGGAGCGGGACGGACGAAUGUACUUUCGGUACAACGAUGUCUUGCCAGACACGCUUCACCUUCGACUGGACACGGGACUGGAGCAGUUGGCCAGUCUGAACAAAUUGGAGCUGCUCGGAUUCGAGUCGAUAGAUCACAGGAUGGGAGAAGCCGAGAUUGAAUGGAUCGCAAAGACGUUUCCUGAGUUGAAAGAGAUACGAGGGCUGGCGGUUCAUACGCAGGUUGGAGCAGAGCGGGACCCGAAGAUGGAUGCGUUACGGGAGCUGAUGCAGUCUCUCCGGCCAGACAUUAUCCACGGUGCGAGUUUUACUGGCUAUGAGCGACAGGUGCAUCUUUAA